AUGCCUACGUUCGGUUUGUUUGAAGAGGACCUGGCGAAUAGCGUCUACAUAUCAUCUGAUGAUUGCCAUUUUCGGAGAUAUAUACCUGACUCAAUGAGGCAUCUUGAGAAAAAAAAAUUCAUAAAGGAACAUGACACAGCCCUAGGUUUAGAAGCAGAGAUAUCGAAUAAAUUACGAAUAUCACGGAAAAAAGCCAUUCAAGCGUACGAAGAUAAAAAGAGAGAAUAUGAUGAAAAGUUUCAAAAAUCGGAUAAAAAACUGGACUCGGAGAGAUCAGUUGAAUGCUCUGAACAGUAUGUACUAUCCCUCUCUCAAGCAUGGCUUGAAGAAUGUAAACAUCCUAGUUCAACUGCGAAUAUAUCCAUCCAUGAAGCCAUUGAAGUAGAAGAUUCUUCAAACAAGUCUCAGAGCGUCACAAUUGGGAAAAGCGCAUUGGAUGCGUCUGAGCUGAACAACUCAGUUCCGAGUCACUUAUUCGAUCAUACAAAUAACGAAAAUGUGUCAUUUGUGAAUAACAGUCUUUUCGCUCAAUCAGUGUCAUCGCCAUUACCUAUUUCCGUGCCAAUCAAAGAUUUUCAUUUGGAUUCUUACAAUGGAGCACGGCCGUCUUUCGCUGGAAAUAUAUUCACUUCAACUCCACAGAUGAAAAAAUCCUUCAAGUUUGGUGGAAAUCAAUUAGCUAAUUCACCUCUCGUAGAGGAAAGUGUAUUUGUUGAGAAAGUUUCAACUGAUAUAAGUAGGUUGGAAAACUGUGAAGACUCAGUCUUUGUUAUGAAUGAAGUGGAGAAAAAGGUAGAAUCACCUCAAAGAGAUGAACAAGACGUUGGCAGUUUAUAUUGUCCUCUUAUUAUGUACGCCGAUUGUUUGGAGAAAAAAGAGGACAAUGACUUAGCAUCAUCUAGAUUCGAAAGAGGAAAUCCAACUCUCAGAGUCAAAAUAAAGCGAAGAAUAAAUGAUCUCAUUUCCGUGUACGCUAAGAGAACUGUUGAUCCCUCUGAUUUACGGAAAAUCGUUGAUUGUUUUACUAAUCUGCUGAAUGGAAAUCAAACUGACGCAACUCUGGAUAAUCUGAAAUUAGAUGAUUCGGACGCUAUUGCUUACGCGAUCAAAGUGAUCAUAGAUUAUUCUUUGAACGUGAUAAUAAUUGAUAAAAACCUGAUAACGUCUAUUUCAACAGUUUUGGUACGACUUAGUUCUGUAUCAGAGCUUUUUGAAAAAGUUUUGAUAGGUCGUUUCUUCAGUUCAUCUCAUCUGUUAACCCUAGACACAGAGAAAUGUGCUUCGUUUGUCUCAAAGUUGAAGAGUCUGCCCGCUGACGCGAAAUCCUCAGUAAUAAACGAAGAGAAAAGUACAGUGAAACUUUUCUUCUCCCUCUUCAUUGAAGGAAGUACUUUACUUUCUUUAAAAAACCUUUGGAGCAUUUUGGCCUUUGUCCUAAAUACGUCGCAUAUUGUUCUAGCUACAGUGAUAAUUGUCAACAGCAUUCUAGAGGUGAAGACUGUUUUUGAUUGUGAUCAGUAA